CGAAGUAGAAGAGUGAGAGAGGCGGGUUCUCGAAAAAGUAGAACACCUACUAGCUGUCUCAAGAUGAAUUUGGAUGGAGGUAUGGUGUGUUCUAGCUAUCUCAAGAUGAAUUUGGAUGGAGGUAUGGCGUGUGAUAGUGUUUGUUUAUAGGGGAAUGAGUUUUGUGAUUAUGAAUUAUGAAGGUAGUUUUAUAGCAGCCGGAGGGCGGAGCAUACUUGAACCGACCGUAGUGAGAGUGGAACUACGGGCAGCAUGGGAGAGCAUAUUGUAUGCGAGAUGGAUGGUGGGGGUUGAAAGCUUAUUCUUUAAGGAUGAUUCGUUCAUAGUGAUUGAUUGGAUUCGGAGAGCAGAUGGAUACGGAGUUGGCCACCCUUUGAUAUGGAAUACUCGUACAUUGGUGAGGAAGCUGACCUCUUUUCGGAUAGCUCAUGUGUAUCGAGAAGCGAACGGUACAGUAGACUGGGUCGCCUCAUAUAUAGUCCGGCAUUUUGGAGAGGUUGCCUAGCUAAUAUUAUACAUUCUUUAUAUUAUUUACUUUUACUUGAUUUGACCGUUUGUACUCCCGCCAGACUUAUAUAAGUUGAAAUGCAGCGGCUUUUGAAAAAAAAAACCCACGAUCCCAUGGGCACGGAGUUCGUUGAUCAUAUCUUACGUAUUUAUCUUAAUGAAAUCGAUCCGUACAUCAAAUCACUCCCCGCGCAGGCACGUGCUAAGAUCAUAGCAGCGUACCGUAAAGGUUGACGACGAACGUGCAUCGGGGCGCAGCCGGCUGGUUUGCGUCCUCCCCUCGGAGUUGGGACCUGGCGAGCGACUUUGAAACCCUACUUGUGGCGGCGGCUGUGCUAAGGGAUCCCGGGAGCGGGGGGGUGAGAUUCUCCGCGUUUCGACUCUUUGGUCCGGUCAAAAGAAGACUACGGAAGGCAUGAAGUCGAGGGACGACGAGGAGGCGGCGGCGGCGAUGAGGACGGUGGGGUCGUACGGGGCGGCGGUGCGGGUGGUGGAAGAGGCGGCGGAGGAGAUCCUGCUGCUGUGGACGAUCCAGCAGCCGGCGUCGCGGAGGCAGAACGAGUUCGUCCGCCACUCCUCCAUCUCCCUCCGCCUCGACGCCUGCGGCCAUCACCUCUCCAUCCUCCAAUCCCCUUCUUCCAUGAGCACACCUGGAGUGACGGGGGCGGUGCUGUGGGACAGUGGAGUAGUUCUUGGCAAGUUUCUGGAGCAUGCUGUGGAUUCAGGAAGUCUGGUUCUCCAGGGCAAGAGAGUCGUUGAACUCGGCUCUGGCUGCGGCCUCGUCGGCUGUAUUGCUGCUCUUCUAGGUGCUGAUGUUAUACUUACUGAUCUUCCCGACCGUCUGAGGCUCCUGAAGAAGAAUGUCCAAGUCAACGUAGACGAAGGGAAUGUCCGCGGAUCGGCACGAGUCAGCGAGCUUACAUGGGGUGAUGAGCUGGAUCCUGAGUUCAUCGAGCCCUCACCGCCAGAAUUUGUACUUGGAUCGGAUGUGAUCUACAGCGAAGGUGCAGUUGAAGAUCUAUUGUUUACACUAAGGCAGCUUUCUGGCUGCCACACAACAAUUUUCCUCGCUGGAGAACUCCGCGAUGAUGCUGUGCUUGAGUUCUUCUUGGAAGCUGCAAUGGAGGAGUUUCUAGUUGGUCAUGUCGAUCAAACACAAUGGCAUCCCGAUUACUGCAGUAACCGAGUAGCUAUUUUUGUCUUGGUGAAAAAAUCAUAGAGAAGGGUGCUAUCUUGGUUUCCCUCAAAAUAUUUCUGAAGAACUUCAGUUUGUCAUAUUUAUGUUCCAGUUUCAGUCGAAGGUAUGACAUAGUGGAAGUGCGGUGAUAAGGAGGAACCUGGCAUUUACAUUUGAAGAAUGGAAGAAAAGUCCUGGCAGGAAAUUUAAAGAACAACAACACUUCUUGCUAAAAAGUUGCAUUGUCUAUGAAAUCCUAAACUGAAUCAUUAUUUUUCGAUGCAUUUGUCAUGUGAGAAAGCCAUUCCCCCUGAUACACAUGCCAUCUUUUAGGGGGCAGAUACAGUGGAUUAUAAUUGAGUAAGUGAGAAUUUUUUGCAUGUGAGAUUCAUACUCAACUUGUAACUCUACAAACUAAUGUAAUGAUUAAGAAUUCCAGCAAUGAAUCUUAGUUGCAAUA